AUGGCUCCAGGAUUCGACCAACUCUCUGACCACGACUUCGAAGAUGAAGCAGUCAAUAUCGACUUCAGUGACCUCAAAGAACGAUAUGAUGUGCGCAUGGAAGAGGGUCUCGAUACCUUCGUCGUCAUCGAUGGCCUCCCAAUCGUCAACCAAGACCAAAAGUCAAAACUCAUCAAAUUCUUGCUCAAGAGGCUAAACUCUGUCGGGCGCAUAAAAGAUGGCGAGGAGUCAGUCUUUAUGCCCAUGAACGAGCAGGGAUUUUCCGAAGGUUUUGCCUUUGUCGAAUAUCAAACUCCAGAACAGGCCGUCGCAGCCACUAAACAGCUCCACGGAACAGCUCUAGACAAAAAACACACUCUAGCAGUUAAUAAGCUUACAGACAUUGAAAAGUAUGGCAGAGAAGGAAGGAUCGAUGAAGAAUAUGUUCCGCCCGAGAUUGAACCCUUUGCCGAUCGCGAACACCUCAAGUCAUGGCUCUUUGACCCCCAGGCCCGAGACCAAUUCGUCAUGUUUCGAGGAGACAACGUGGGGGUCUUCUGGAACAACAAGAAAGAACCGCCUGAGCCAAUUGUCGAUCGCAAACACUGGACACAACUUUUCGUUUCAUGGUCACCGCACGGAACAUAUCUUGCUUCGAUUCAUCAGCAAGGUGUCCAAUUGUGGGGGGGGGUCUCUUUCAAAAGAAUCAGACAAUUCCCGCAUCCCUUUGUCAGCCUGAUCGAGUUCUCACCCGGAGAGUCAUACCUGACCACUUGGUCCAACCAACCCAUCACCGUGGAAGAAGGCAAAGGCCCUCUCUCCAUCGACGAAGAAGGCAAGCACAUCGUCGUGUGGGACAUUACCACGGGCAAACCACUACGAUCGUUCGUCGCCCACGAUCUUACGCCUCCCCCAGGCGCCGAAGCGGCAGCCAUCCCGCCAAAAGCCAAAGUCCAGUGGCCAGCGUUCAAAUGGUCCGCUGACGAAAAGUAUGUUGCCAGAAUGAAACCCCAUGAGAGUAUCUCCAUCUACGAACUACCUAGAAUGAGUUUGCUGGACAAAACAUCUGUCAAAGUCGAAGGAAUCAUGGAUUUUGAAUGGGCACCCUCAACGACCCAGCGCGAAGGGAUCAAGACCUACGAAUCCCUUCUCUGCUUUUGGACCCCCGAGAUCGGCUCUAACCCUGCGAAGGUUGCCUUGAUGUCCGUUCCUUCCAAGGAGAUUGUGCGUACCCGAAAUCUCUUCAAUGUCACCGACGCAAAACUUCACUGGCAGUCCGAAGGGAAGUUCAUAUGCGUCAAAGUGGACCGCCACUCAAAAUCCAAGAAAUCAAAUGCCACGAACCUUGAAAUAUUCCGUAUCCGGGAAAAGGGGGUUCCCGUUGAAGUCGUCGACUCUCUCAAGGACACUGUCAUUAAUUUCGCGUGGGAACCAAAGGGUGAUCGGUUCGUGCUGAUCACAGCAGGGGAAGCGGUGGCCGGAAGCAACGUCCUUCCUAAGACAGCCGUCUCAUUCUUCGCUCCUGAGAAAAUCAAGGGCCCUGGAACGGGAGCGUUCAAACUUGUGCGCACGUACGAUAAGAAAAACUCCAACGGAAUUUACUGGUCUCCGAAAGGUCGAUUUGUGGUCGUUGCUACAGUCAGUGUGCAACAACAUUCAGACAUUGACUUCUAUGAUCUCGACUACGAGGGCGAAAAGCCGGAGCACGAUGUUGCCGCCAAUCUGAAUGCCAACCUGAUGUUGAUGAAUAGUGAGGAUCACUAUGGAAUGACGGAUGUAGAUUGGGACCCAACAGGGAGAUAUGUUACGACCAGUGCGAGUGUGUGGACUCACCAGAUGGAAAAUGGCUGGCGUCUUUGGACCUUCUACGGAGCCCUCCUCUCCGAGCACCCCACUGAAAAAUUCAAGCAACUCAUCUGGCGACCCCGGCCGCCUACACUCCUCAGUAAAGAAGAACAGCGCACCAUUCGUCGCAACCUGCGGGAAUACUCCAAGGAAUUCGAUGAGUUGGACAAGGAGAUGGAAGAAGGCGCUAACCAGGCUGUGAUUGACGCGAGAAGGAGGCUGUACAUGGAGUGGUACAGCUGGGUAGCGAGGGAGAAGGAACUAUUGAGACAAGAGAGAGAAGAGCUUGGGUUGAAAGAUCCCGAUGAGGAGUUGGCGCUCCAGAGGACCAGAAGUGUAGAAGAGGAGGGGGAGAAGGUCGUGGAGGAAGUCGUUGAGGAGGUCAUUGAAGAGACAGAGGAGGUUGUGCAGUAG